AUGCGCCAGUUUCUGGCGGCCCUUCUCUUCCUCUGCCUGGCUGCCUUUGGCACGGCUGCGGAUUACCAUGAGCAGCUUAACUUGCGACCGCUGCCCCUUUCCGCACUGCUGGCGAGCUUCAAUUUCCGGUCCAACACGUCGCUGACCGAUUUCGAGUCGCAAAACUUCCGCUAUUUUCCUCGGUCGCUGGGACAGAUUCUGCAAUAUGCUGGCACUCGCGAACUGCAUUUGAGAUUUAGUCUGGGGAGAUGGGACGCAGAGAGCUGGGGCAGCCGGCCGUGGGAUGGUCAGCGCGAGGGUGGAACGGGCGUAGAGCUCUGGGCUUGGCUCGAGGCGGAGACAGACGAAGAAGCCGACCAGAAAUGGUUGACCCUUACCAAUGCCCUUUCGGGUCUCUUCUGCGCCUCGCUGAACUUCGUCGACGGAACUCGAACCACCCGACCAGUCAUGUCCUUCCAGCCCGAGGGCGACCACCCGGAAGCUUCUAUACCGAACAUGCAGCUUCUGCAUGGUGUGCUUCCGAAGGAGGUGGUCUGUACGGAGAACUUGACCCCGUUUUUGAAGCUGCUUCCUUGCAAGGGCAAGGCGGGUAUCUCCAGCCUGCUGGACGGCCACAAGCUCUUCGACUCCUCCUUUCAAAGCAUGGCCAUUGACAUCAAGCCUGUGUGCCCUCCGGGCCAAGAUUGUGUUUUGCAAAUCGAGCAGACGAUCGACAUGGUUCUGGACAUCGACCGAUCUAAGCGCCCUAGAGACAAUCCGAUUCCCCGCCCCCCGCCGGGCCACGAACUCAAGUGUGAUACCUCGAAGCCUUACCAUUCCGACGACACCUGCUACCCCAUUAGCCACACCCUCGGCCAAGAGUGGAAUCUUUCCCAGCUCUUUGGAAAGCCAGUUAAGGGCAUUUGCCCCCUCACGGAUGAAGAUGUUCCCCCGGUGUGCAUCGAGGUCCCACAUUCGAGAGGCGUCUUCACUUCUGGCGGUGCUACAGAGCACCUCAACCCGAAUGGGGCGUCUCGAUGCUUCAAAUUUGGACCGGAAUCGGAGCUCGAGAUUGUUCUCCCUCUUGAGAACAAGGAAGGGCAGGAUGCUACGAACGAGCUGAUUGAGCCUGCAACCCCACUAAUCUAUGCUGAACGCAGCUUUACUGGGCAUGGCCAGGAACAUGGUGGAAUGCAGGCCAUCCUUACGAAUCCUAGCAAAGAUACCGAGGUUGAGUUCAUCUAUAUGGAGUCUUUGCCUUGGUUCAUGAGAGUAUACCUCCAUACCCUCAACGCAAGAAUUGAGGGGUCAUCGGGCUCUCAGCCAUCCAUCAUCGAGGAUAUCUACUACCGCCCCGCUGUCGAUCGCGCCAGGGGUACGCAACUGGAACUGCGCAUGCGCAUCCCUCCCGCCUCUACUGUCUUCCUCACCUAUGACUUUGAGAAAUCUAUCUUGAGAUACACCGAAUACCCCCCUGACGCAAACCGCGGCUUCGACAUUGCUGCGGCAGUGAUCACUACCCUAAGCCCGCGCACGCAAAGCACGCGGACAACUACCUUGCUGCUGAACCUUCCAACGCCGGAUUUCAGUAUGCCCUAUAAUGUCAUCAUUUUCACGUCGACAACGAUCGCUCUUGCUUUCGGCGGCAUGUAUAAUAUUUUAGUUCGGAGAUUGGUCGGCGCAGACGAAGGUCCUAGCCCGGCGCUGAAGGCCAAAUUAGGCAACCUUUUGAGCAAACUCAAGGGUAGAACAUGA